GCAUAAUUGCAGCUGCUGUCAAUCACAAAGAGUGCACUGAACUUCCACGACCGACGUAUAUAGAGCAAGCACAUCGAUAGACAGUAAAAUACUAGCUCUACCGGAAAAAAAUCGAUGUACCUAUAAUAUAGAGCUGUCAAGUUAUAAAGACAGUAUAUGAAUUGUCGUCUGUGGAAAGAGCUACGGUUUGGACUACUUGCUACAAUUGUCUUGUUGAAUUUUCGUGUACAGGAUCAAGGAGUUGUCCUCCGGAUAGAAGCAAAGAUGAAGUGGGGUUUCAAAGAGGAACAUUCUGAAGAGGACCGAAAGUCCGAGUCGGCGGAAUUUCGAUCCAAAUACCCAGACAACAUACCCGUCAUAGUCGAGAAAGAAAUGAAAAGUUCUAUACAAGAUAUCGACAAGAGGAAGUUCUUACAGCCAGCCAAGACAACAGUGGCGCAAUUCGAGUAUAUAAUAAGAAAGCGAAUCCAACUACCUCCCGAGAAGCCCCUUUUCUUGUUUGUCAACGAAGUAACCCCCGCAGCAAGUUCAACUCUAGCUGAAGUUGAUGCAGAGCAUCGCGAUGUCGAUGGAUUCCUCUACAUUUCCUACAGCGGAGAGAACACUUAUGGGAAUUAGCAACUUUGAGCUCUGGAUACAUCAUCCCUGUGUGUGAUGCCAGCCCAACACGUGAAACAUAUUCACGAUGACGAUGAUGAUAAUAUAAUAAUAAUUAUGAUUAUAAUAAUAAUAACAAU